AGGCCCGUGGGGCUGGGGGCGGUGCGUCAGGCGUCGCGGAUCACUAGGUCCCCGGGAGUGGUAGGGGGGGAGGGUAGGACGGAAGAGUUUGGCGCAAAGCCUGCCGGGGCAUGGAGUCCCGGUGAGCUUUGUGCGCAUGUGCGCGGAGGUCAGGGGGGCUUGGGGGGGCCGCGCCGGAGAGAGUGAGUAAAUACGACUUAAAAGAUAUUUCAAGCUGUAAGGAAACGAAGGCGCUGAGCACAGCACCUGGGUGAAGCAAGCCCCCAACCAGUUAGUCACUUAUGUUACUGAGACUUUGGAAGUAGAAGAGAGAGGGAGAGACAGAGAGACACACAAUGUGAGAGAAACACAUCCAUUGGCUGCCUCCUGCACGCCCCUGGCCGGGGAAGAGCCUUCAACCAAGGUGCUGUUGUCCCCCCCUCCAGGGCUCGCAGGCCCCCAUGGAGAUCCCGUCCCCCCAGCCCGUGAAGCAGGAGGGCCAGGCCGUCGAGGGCCUGGUCCUGGACUCUCCGUGGCACCGCUUCCGCCACUUCCACCUGGGCGACGCCCCGGGCCCCCGGGAGGCGCUGGGCCUGCUGCGCGCCCUGUGCCGGGACUGGCUGCAGCCCGAGGUGCGCACCAAGGAGCAGAUGCUGGAGCUGCUGGUGCUGGAGCAGUUCCUGAGCGCCUUCCCCGCCGACAUCCAGGCCUGGGUGUGCAGCCGGCGGCCCCAGAGCGGCGAGGAGGCGCUGGCCCUGCUGGAGGAGCUCUGGGGACCAGCGAUGCGGGCCCCUCGGGACGUGAUGGAAGGCUCCGGGGUCGGCCUCCAAAAGGAAGAUGGUGGCAUGAUGGCUCUAGGAGACGCGGUCCCGGGGGCUGAGGAGCCGGCUGCCGGGGACGCCCAGGCCACGCGCCCCUACAAGCAGGAGCCGGGCAGCCCCCCGCUGGCCCCGCCGGCCCUGCCCGCGCCCGACCUGCCCGCCCUCCUGGCCGCCGCCGCGGGCACCGUGUCCUGCCCCGAGUGCGGCAAGACGGCCCUGAAGCCGGCGCACCUGCUGCGCCACCGGCAGAGCCACUCGGCCGAGAAGCCGCACGCCUGCCCCGAGUGCGGCAAGGCCUUCCGGCGCAAGGAGCACCUGCGGCGCCACCGCGGCACGCACCCCGGCGGCCCCGCGUGUCCCGGGCCCGCGCUGCGCCCCCUGCCGGCCCGCGAGCGGCCGCACGCCUGCUGCGAGUGCGGCAAGACCUUCUACUGGCGCGAGCACCUGGUGCGCCACCGCAAGACGCACUCGGGCGCGCGCCCCUUCGCCUGCUGGCAGUGCGGCAAGGGCUUCGGGCGCCGCGAGCACCUGCUGCGCCACCAGCGCAUCCACGGCCGCGCGGCGGCGGCGGGCGCAGCCGGGGCGCCGGGCCCCGAGGGCGGGGGGCCCUUCCCGCCGUGGCCGCUGGGGUAGCCGCCCGCCCGGGUGCCGCCCGCUGCCUCCUCCCGCCCCGCCUCGCUCCUCCCUGGUCUACGCCGCCCUGUACCCCAACGUCCUGGGGUCCUUCCCAGCUGUUUCUGCCCCAAACCCCGCUUUCUCUGGAGGUGGGGCCGGGGCGGGGGUGCGCGGGCGGAGCUGCCCACGGUUGGGGCUGGGGGAGCUUCUGUUCCGAGUGGACUUGACCUUUUUCCUGAGUUGAAAGUAGCGUGUGUUUUUCUUCUGAAUUUUGUCCCAGUUCGCAAAGGGCAAUGAGAAGUGGAGGCACCCAGAUCUCCCCUCCGCCCACCCCUCCUGACCCCCGCCGCCCCACCCGUGAAAGGGGCUUCCGCAUGGUCCCCGGCCCCCCCCCCCCAGGGCACACACCCUAUGGGGAUGGGGGGCAGCGAGGCGGGCCAGGGGCCCAGGAGAGGAGCAAGGGUGGGCUCCUUGGGCAGAGGGGCAGCUGAGGGCAGGGGAGGGGCCUGGCAGCGGGCUCCGUGGUCUGCGACCCGGGAAGGCAGGAGGGGGACGGAGAUGCCGGCUCUGAGAAGCGCGUGGAAACAAUUCACCAGCAUCUGCCCAGAAAUAAAGUCACUGAUGAGGUGCCA